CGUGAUACGUGCACCGGUCGAGUUGGUAGCCUGAGUGUGGAGGUCAUUUUCUUUGAGAAAGGGCCCGCUUCUCCGGGUUUUUGCUGAUGCCGAGCCCGGGGGAUUGAGGAAACAUCGAGCUUUGGAGUGGAAAAGGUUGCAGACUUUUAGACUCCCAAGUCGUUUUGGUCUCAAUCUCUAUAGUGGCUGCGUUACUGCAGGAAGUCACGGAAGCCUCUCCCCUUUCUUAGGCGCAUCCUUGGCUGUAAAAGAAGGUUAAAAGCCUCUGGAAAACCUCAGGUUUAUUUCAUCUCUGAAAGUCCGGUUCCAAAUUUAGAUCCAGCACUCCUGUGGCCUGGCCAGUGAUGGUCGUGGAGUGCUUUCCCCGCGCCUGCGGUCUCUAGGCUAUGUGGAUGUAGAGGUGUGGGAUGUAGGAGCAGGCCCUUCCUUACCCGUGGAAUUCACAUAUAAAUGGGGGAAUGAGACAGCAAACAAACGUGAUCCUUGCUGAUAGUGGUAAAUGUGGGAUGCCGAGGUUUAAGCAGACGAGUGGUAUUAAGGGAUUUCAAGGUUUUAUAAAAUUGAAUUUGCCAAGAGUGGAAGCUGAGAGGCUACUGCAGUAAGAAGUCCAGGGGAACUAAGAAUUUGGCUUGGACCAGGGUGGUAGCUGUGGGCAUGGAAAGUACUGAAAGGAUUUAGUCCAUAGUUUAGCAGCCCAACCAACGGGACUUGCUGAAGGACUGGAGGUAGGGAGUGAGGAAAUGAGAAAUUUAGGUUCUCCUCCAGGGUUGGGGCCUGAGAAGAAAUGGGCAGCGAUGCCGUUUCCUGGAAAACUGGGAGAGGAAAUGUUUGGGAUGAGGGCAGUGAGAUAUAAUGAAGGUCAAGUUUUUUUUGUUUUUUUUUUUUGAGACGGAGUCUCGCUCAGUCGCACAGGCUGCAGUGCAGUGGCGCGAUCUCGGCUCACCGCAAGCUCCGCCUCCCGGGUUCACGCCAUUCUCCUGCCUCAGCCUCCCGAGUAGCUGGGACUACAGGCGCCCAACACCACGCCUGGCUAAUUUUUUUGUAUUUUUAGUAGAGACGGGGUUUCACUGCGUUAGCCAGGAUGGUUUCGAUCUCCUGACCUCGUGAUCCGCCCGCCUCGGCCUCCCAAAGUGCUGGGAUUACAGGCGUGAGCCACCGCGCCGGCCGAAGGUCAAGUUUUAGUGGUCCUAGAAAAAGAAGAUAGUGAGCAAAAAUGUUAAUUUUUGUUUCCUCCUCUUAAUAUUUGGAGAAAACGUCUGAUUCCUUUUGUUAUAUUGGAAAUCUCCAUGACUUCCAAACACAGAAUAUUUUACAAUUUUUCCCUAUCCCAAAGUUCAGCGAAUAUGUUGAUUUAUUUGAGGGAGAGGACAUGAAAGGGAAGCCACCUAGGCACAAUUUUCUGCCCAGGCCCUACCAGAUUAGUUUUUGUUAUUAAAAAAAAAAAAAGUGCCAUUCCUUGGGCCAAGCUAUGUGCUCAGCACUUUCCCUCCAUUUUUGAUUUAAUCUUCACAACAACCUUAAGAUGAAGGUUCUUUUCUACUUCUCAGUUCUCUCUUGAUUAACUUGGCUACCCCACUAUAUGGAACAAUUUGCAGGGUCCUAGGUCCCUUUGAAAAUCUGAUGAAAGUUAUAAACCUUACCUGGGAAAAAAAGUACAAACACCCGCAAGAACUUGAAAUAGGAGUUCGCUGGCCCUCAACUUUUCUGAGCUUACUAUUUCACAAACUUGCCUAUUCUUGAAUUCUGAGCUGGAGGUCAUGAUUCUCUCUAUGUACUUUAAGAUGAUGCACUCUUCCGAAGUUUUUGAUUGAACUCUAGUGCCUAACUGAAUUGACUUUUUCAGAUCACUAAAAAGCUUCUCCUUGAAAAAUACUCAGAAGAUGCAACACACACACACACACACGUGUGUGCACUUACACACGCGGACACCGUAUCACAUCAUCAGUGGGAAAAGUGAUAGAAUCUUGCUAAAGGCUGAUCAUACCAUAUUAAUCCGAUUCGCCAGAACUACUUUCUUCACUGAGCUCUCAGCCUGCUCCCAACCGGGUGUCUCCAGAACUUUUUCUCUCCGCCACCAACUCCGCCUCCAGACAAACAGCAGGUGCUUUCUGUCAUAGGGACUGGCGUGCCGCGGACAGUGUGAUAAAGAAACUGUAUGAUGGAUAUGAGAAAUUCGUAAGACCCAGCAGCAAAUGGGGAGCGGCUGGCGAGCGCUCCACAGCCCCCAAGCGUGGGAGCUCUAGAUCGGAAUUUGUAAUUUGGAAUUGGAACGUGAGCGCCGGAACAACUCUCCCAGUAACCACCUCUCCCAGUAACCACCUCAGCUGGCGCGCGGAAAACCCGGAAAGUGGAUUUGGCCCCCGCUCCCUCCCGGAAACUCCUCCUGGUGCCUGCGACCGUUCUCACUGAGCAUGUGCAGACGGCGGUGCGCAUGCUCUGUCGCGGUCCGGUUCGGUUUCUGUUGCCGGACCCAGGGUGUCUCCUAGCGCAACCGGAACUAGCCGUCCGGGGGUCGGCUUCCUUUAUCUCCCGCGGCUUUGUAGUCGUCUCCAAGCUUCCCCACCCCUCCUUCCCUCUUCACCCCCUAGGUUUGAUUGCCCUUUCCCCGAAACAACUAUCAUGAGCGCGAGGCUGCCAGUGUUGUCUCCACCUCGGUGGCCGCGGCUGUUGCUGCUGUCGCUGCUCCUGCUGGGGGCGGUUCCUGGCCCGCGCCGGAGCGGCGGUUUCUACCUGCCCGGCCUGGCGCCCGUCAACUUCUGCGACGAAGAAAAAAAGAGCGACGAGUGCAAGGCCGAAAUAGAACUCUUUGUGAACAGACUUGAUUCAGUGGAAUCAGUUCUUCCUUAUGAAUACACAGCGUUUGAUUUUUGCCAAGCAUCAGAAGGAAAGCGCCCAUCUGAAAAUCUUGGACAGGUACUAUUCGGGGAAAGAAUUGAACCUUCACCAUAUAAGUUUACGUUUAAUAAGGAGGAGACCUGUAAGCUUGUUUGUACAAAAACAUACCAUACAGAGAAAGCUGAAGACAAACAAAAGUUAGAAUUCUUGAAAAAAAGCAUGUUAUUGAAUUAUCAACAUCACUGGAUUGUGGAUAAUAUGCCUGUAACGUGGUGUUACGAUGUUGAAGAUGGUCAGAGGUUCUGUAAUCCUGGAUUUCCUAUUGGCUGUUACAUUACAGAUAAAGGCCAUGCAAAAGAUGCCUGUGUUAUUAAUUCAGAAUUCCAUGAAAGAGAUACAUUUUACAUCUUCAACCAUGUUGACAUCAAAAUAUACUAUCAUGUUGUUGAAACUGGUUCCAUGGGAGCAAGAUUAGUGGCUGCUAAACUUGAACCAAAAAGCUUCAAACAUACCCAUAUAGAUAAACCAGACUGCUCAGGGCCCCCCAUGGACAUAAGUAACAAGGCUUCUGGGGAGAUAAAAAUUGCCUAUACUUACUCUGUUAGCUUCGAGGAAGAUAAAAAGAUCAGAUGGGCAUCUAGAUGGGACUAUAUUCUGGAGUCUAUGCCUCAUACCCACAUUCAGUGGUUUAGCAUUAUGAAUUCCCUGGUCAUUGUCCUCUUCUUAUCUGGAAUGGUAGCUAUGAUUAUGUUACGGACACUGCACAAAGAUAUUGCCAGAUAUAAUCAGAUGGACUCUACGGAAGAUGCCCAGGAAGAAUUUGGCUGGAAACUUGUUCAUGGUGAUAUAUUCCGUCCUCCAAGAAAAGGGAUGCUGCUAUCAGUCUUUCUAGGAUCCGGGACACAGAUUUUAAUUAUGACCUUUGUGACUCUAUUUUUCGCUUGCCUGGGAUUUUUGUCACCUGCCAACCGAGGAGCACUGAUGACGUGUGCUGUGGUCCUGUGGGUGCUGCUGGGCACCCCUGCAGGCUAUGUUGCUGCCAGAUUCUAUAAGUCCUUUGGAGGUGAGAAGUGGAAAACAAAUGUUUUAUUAACAUCAUUUCUUUGUCCUGGGAUUGUAUUUGCUGACUUCUUUAUAAUGAAUCUGAUCCUCUGGGGAGAAGGAUCUUCAGCAGCUAUUCCUUUUGGGACAUUGGUUGCCAUAUUGGCCCUUUGGUUCUGCAUAUCUGUGCCUCUGACGUUUAUUGGUGCAUACUUUGGUUUUAAGAAGAAUGCCAUUGAACACCCAGUUCGAACCAAUCAGAUUCCACGUCAGAUUCCUGAACAGUCAUUCUACACGAAGCCCUUGCCUGGUAUUAUCAUGGGAGGGAUUUUGCCCUUUGGCUGCAUCUUUAUACAGCUUUUCUUCAUUCUGAAUAGUAUUUGGUCACACCAGAUGUAUUACAUGUUUGGCUUCCUAUUUCUGGUGUUUAUCAUUUUGGUUAUUACCUGUUCUGAAGCAACUAUACUUCUUUGCUAUUUCCACCUAUGUGCAGAGGAUUAUCAUUGGCAAUGGCGUUCAUUCCUUACCAGUGGCUUUACUGCAGUUUAUUUCUUAAUAUAUGCAGUACACUACUUCUUUUCAAAACUGCAGAUCACAGGAACAGCAAGCACAAUUCUGUACUUUGGUUAUACCAUGAUAAUGGUUUUGAUCUUCUUUCUUUUUACAGGAACAAUUGGCUUCUUUGCAUGCUUUUGGUUUGUUACCAAAAUAUACAGUGUGGUGAAGGUUGACUGAAGAAGUCCAGUGUGUCCAGUUAAAACAGAAAUAAAUUAAACUCUUCAUCAACAGAGACCUGUUUUUGUGACUACCUUGAGUUUUAUCAGAAUUAUUGGCCUAGUAAUCUUUCAGAAACACCGUAAUUCUAAAUAAACCUCUUCCCAUACACCUUUCCCCCAUAAGAUGUGUCUUCAACACUAUAAAGCAUUUGUAUUGUGAUUUGAUUAAGUAUAUAUUCGGUUGUUCUCAAUGAAGAGCAAAUUUAAAUAUUAUGUGCAUUUGUAAAUACAGUAGCUAUAAAAUUUUCCAUACUUCUAAUGGCAGAAUAGAGGAGGCCAUAUUAAAUAAUACUGAUGAAAGGCAGGACACUGCAUUGUAAAUAGGAUUUUCUAGGCUCGGUAGGCGGAAAGAAUUAUUUUUCUUUGAAGGAAAUAACUUUUUAUCAUGGUAAUUUUGAAGGAUGAUUCCUAUGAUGUGUUCACCAGGGGAAUGUGGCUUUUAAAGAAAAUCUUGUAUUGGUUGUAACUGUUCCUGUAUUCUUACUUUUCUGCGUUGACUUCAUUAUUCCCAUGGUAUUGGCCUUUUAAACUAUGUGCCUCUGAGUCUUUCAAUUUAUAAAUUUGUUAUCUUAAUAAAUACUAUAAAAAUGUC